GAAAUCUACCCAACUCCCAAAACCCACGUCACGUCAACUUUAAGACGACGUCGUAUUAACCUUAAUUUGAAGUUCCGAGCGAGGGAAGGAGUGAGAGAGAUCUGGAACUGGAAGUGUAAGAUGGAAAGAGGAAAGAUCGAAGAAGUGAUCGAGAAGCAAGUACUGACGGUUGCACAAGCCGUUGAGGACAAGAUCGAUGAAGAGAUCGCCGCACUCGAACGCCUCGACGAUGAUGAUCUUGAAGCUCUCAGGGAACGCAGGUUACAACAAAUGAAGAAAAUGGCUGAGAAGCGUAGCCGUUGGAUCUCCCUCGGACACGGUGAAUAUACCGAGAUUCCCUCCGAGAAAGAUUUCUUCUCCGUCGUCAAGGCCAGUGAACGUGUCGUCUGUCAUUUCUUCCGCGAAAAUUGGCCCUGCAAGGUUGUGGACAAGCAUUUAAGUUCGUUGGCGAAGCAGCAUAUUGAGACUCGCUUUGUGAAAAUUAAUGCUGAAAAAAGUCCAUUUUUAGCUGAGAGGCUCAAGAUCAUUGUUCUUCCUACCAUUGCCCUCAUAAAGAAUACAAAAGUGGAUGAUUAUGUGGUGGGUUUUGAUGAACUUGGUGGCACUGAUGACUUUAGCACCGAGGUUUUGGAAGAAAGAUUGGCUAAAGCUCAAGUAAUCUUUUUGGAGGGUGAAUCAUCAAUACACCGUGCAAGGUCCAAUGCACAAACCAAAAGAAGUGUUCGGCAGAGCACAAAGGCAGACUCCUCAGAUUCAGAGUAACUUGUAUUUCCUGAUGAGUUUUAUUUAUGUUGCCCUCCUAGAAAAACGAGAGCUCAGAUCACCAUCGAUAGCGCUUCUUUUUUAGGAGAUUCCGUCUUUGAUCCAUGCUUGUGUUGGCCGCGUGUGUGUCUUUCUAAAUUUAGUUUCAUUGGCUACUUCUGUGUCUCGUAAGUUUGUAUUUGUUAUUUAUAGAUCUAGUGCUUCUAUUAGAGUCUGGUACUGUUGUUCGGAUCAUCCUUUUUCUGAAAUGCUGUUUUUUACAUUAUUCCCCAAUGGUUGUAUCAAUGAUACUAAUCAUUAUAAGUAAUACCUAGAGUUUUGAGAUGGACACAUAGCCUUUAAUGUGUCUGUCCUUUGCGAAUGUGCUAA